AUAAACUAAAUUCCGAGGGGGCAAAGUGCAAUUCAAAAUCAAGGAUUUACAGGCAGGGCAGAGCUCGAACAGGCGAACGAGUUGCCGUGUGGUACACCUCACUUCUCGCCAUGAUCUCUCAGUUCUUCGUGCUUUCCCAGCGAGGUGACAACAUCGUCUUCCGAGACUAUCGAGGUGAUGUGCAGAAGGGAAGUGCGGAGAUAUUCUUUCGGAAAGUUAAAUUCUGGAAAGAAGACGGGAAGGGGGAAGCGCCGCCUGUCUUUAAUCUGGAUGGGGUAAACUAUUUUCAUGUGAAGGUGGUUGGCCUGCUAUUCGUUGCAACCACAAGGGUCAACUUGUCUCCUUCCUUAGCCUUGGAGCUUUUGCAGAGGAUAGCACGUGUCAUCAAAGAUUACCUUGGUGUUCUUAAUGAGGAAUCAUUAAGAAAAAAUUUUGUGCUUGUAUAUGAACUGCUUGAUGAAGUUAUAGACUUUGGAUAUGUUCAAACAACAUCUACUGAAGUUUUGAAGUCUUACAUAUUCAAUGAACCAAUUGUGGUUGAUGCUGCACGAUUACCUUCUCUUGGUCCAGCAGCCUUAUUUAUGCAAGGAAGCAAACGAAUGCCUGGAACGGCUGUUACUAAAUCUGUUGUUGCAAAUGAACCUGGUGGUAGGAGGAGGGAAGAGAUAUUUGUCGAUGUAAUCGAGAAAAUAAGUGUCACCUUUAGCUCUAGUGGUUAUGUAUUGACUUCUGAAAUUGAUGGCACCAUUCAAAUGAAGAGCUAUCUCACUGGAAAUCCAGAAAUCAGAUUAGCGCUCAAUGAUGAUCUCUUUAUUGGAAGAAGCGGGGUAUCUAGCUACGGGUAUAGUUCUUCAGGGGGAGGAGCAGUUAUUUUGGAUGAUUGCAAUUUUCAUGAAUCUGUACAUAUGGAUAGCUUUGAUGUUGACCGUACAUUGAGUUUGGUACCGCCAGAUGGUGAAUUCCCUGUAAUGAAUUAUCGGAUCACCCAGGAAUUCAAGCCCCCGUUUUCCAUUAACACCUUAAUUGAAGAGGCGGGGUCGCUUAAGGCUGAAGUGAUUCUGAAAGUUCGCGCGGAGUUUCCUUCAAGCAUCACAGCUAACACCAUUCUAGUCGAGAUGCCGUUGCCAUCAUUUACCAACAGAGUCAAUUUUGACUUGGAACACGGUAUGCCUGGACAGAAUGCGGAUUUCAAGGAAUCACAGAAGAAACUCGAAUGGAGCAUGAAGAAGAUAGUUGGGGGUUCGGAACACACUCUACGUGCAAAGUUAAAUUUCUCGCAGGAGUUGCACGGAAACAUCACUAAAGAAGCCGGACCUGUUAGUAUGACCUUCACUAUACCUAUGUAUAAUCCUUCAAGGCUGCAGGUGAAGUAUUUGCAGAUAGCUAAAAAGACAAAAAACUCCAAUCCGUAUCGCUGGGUGAGAUAUGUCACUCAGGCAAACUCCUACGUUGCUCGGAUCUGAAAGCAAUCCCGGCUUCAUCUGUUUUAUACAUUUGAAGCUUUUGGCUGAGAUGGUAGAUGCUAGAUGCUUAAUGGUGAUGGGAUUUGCUGGUGUACGUCAAUGGUGAUGAUGAUUGGGAUUUUUUGCAUCGGUAGAGCUGUAAAAUGAACGAGGUAAUUCUAAUGUUUGUGUUCGUCUCGACUUGUUGUAACUGUAAAUGAUGGUAAAUUUGGGUUGAGCAUCUUUGGUUGGCUAAAUUUACUCAUCAAAUUUGGGGUCCGUUUAAUGAUCUGUUGGAACAUUAGUUAGUUCUAUGCUCUUGAUUUACUUC